GAUCUGCAGAGCCGUGAUCACGAUGACGAUUACCGGGGACGUGGAUCCCAGGGAGACCCAUAUGAUGACAGAUAUGAAUAUGAUUCCGACGUUCUCCAUGGACACCAUCGCGGCCGAUCGCACUCUCGACGCCGAUCUCACUCAGUAUCCUCAUACAACAUGCCUUACUCAGGGGGCGGAAUGACAUCCGCAGUGCCUAUCCCGAUACCCGGGAUGGCGUCAAGCAUCGCCUACCCAGGACAGCAAGGACCUUAUGGAGGGAGCUAUGGACAGCCAGGAGCUUACGGGCAGCCAGGAUCUUACCCAGGACAGCCCGGAUCUUAUCCUGGUCAGUAUGCGGGGUCGCAAUAUGGGGGCGGCGUGCCCAUGUCGAUGCACGGUGGGGGGACUACCUAUGCUGGUUCAGAUCCAGGAGGCCCCAUGGGUAGUGGUGGAUACGUCACGACACAGCUACCUAUGGCUAUGCGUCCUCGGAGCGUCUCCAUGUCAAUGCCUGGACACUACCCCCACACUCCAUACUCCGCAGGCGGGUAUGAUGAUUGGCGGGGUUCCUCAAGCUCAGAUCAUGCCUCAGGUGCCGCAAAGCCAGGUAGUCGUCUUGAAACCGAACAAGAAGCACCGUCACCAUAAACAUCAUCAUCGAUCAAGGUCUCGCUCCAGCAGAUAUUAGUUUGUGCCCAUCUUUGCUGUAACUGUACAACAUGACUUGUCUUUUGUAUCAUGCGUCCUCAUCUUACCAGUUCAUCUAUCUAUUCAUAUCCCGUUGUCACAUAUGUACCCUACUUUGUACUCGCAUGUUCGAAUUGUAAUGAUUGUUACUGAUAGUUGGAAACUACCACUAUGUAUGACGCAGUUACUGUGGCAAUGC